AAAGUCAAGCUGUAAGUGAGUGAAGCACAACAAACGGACCGGUAAGUGAGAUUGUCCUGGAAGCAAAACACAGCCGAGCCGCUUCCGUCAGAAGUGUCAACGCUCCUCCUCGACCCCGACAUUACAUCAGACUGAACACACGCCACUCAAGCCCAUCACACCUGCCACCUGCACAGUGUUGCAUUAUCGGAUGGAAAGUUUCACAUUAUACAGCACCCUAUACGCAGUAUGAAAUGCAUGGACUUAGGAUGCAUCUCUGCAUUACAUGAAGCUAAGAAGAUCUGCAUACCAAAGAUAUCUUGCAUGUAUUAUCAUGAAAUAUACAUGCUUCUAAAUUUUGACUAUGCAAUUAUACAUGACAUUUUAUUAGUUAUAUAACUUUCAUCACAUAAUUAAUUUGGCUACUGUGAUAGAGAGUACAAGUCAAGUGUCACAUACCUUUGCUGCUGUAACAGAAGACACCAGCCAUGGGAGUGAAGGGUCUUUGGAAGCUCAUUGAAAGUGCAGGUGUGCCAGUGCCACUAGAGACAUUAGAACAUAAAGUGCUCGGAGUAGAUGUUUCCAUUUGGCUUCAUCAAGCAGUGCGGGGCUUUAGAGGACCAGGAGGUGCUGCUGUGGCCAAUGCUCAUCUCCUCACACUCUUUCAUCGCAUCUGCAAGUUGCUCUUCUAUCGGAUCCGGCCAGUUUUUGUGUUUGAUGGAGGAGUGCCUCACCUUAAGAAACAAACCCUGGCCUCUAGAAAGCUGAGGAGAGAAGUGGCAACCAACAAGGCCAAACAAGUGAGAGAGCGUCUUUUCAAAAAUCUUCUCAAGAGCCAAGCUGUCCGUAAUGCUCUUGGGAAAUCAGGUCCUGGCCCAAGUUCUGUUCAUGUGCCUCAGGUCACCAAGAGAGAGAAGGACUUAUUUGAAUUGCCACCUCUCCCUGAGCCACUAGGAGAAGGCACCACUGAGGGUCUAGAGGAGCAGAAGAGCAGCAACAUUUUCCAAGAUGUUAGUCUUCCAAACCUCCAUCAUUUUGACUUUGAUAGUGAAGAGUUUAAGAACUUGCCUGUAGAAGCAAAACAUGAGAUUCUUACUGACCUCCAGGAUACUCGCAAACAAAACUCCUGGGCCAAUAUCAAUGACAUGCCGCAGCAGUCUGAAAACUUUGCUGAGUUCCAGAUGGCACGACUCAUGAAGCGUGCAAAGUUCCAGGCCACUCUUGACUCCACCAGGGAGGAAAUCCAGAAAGCUAAAGUUUCAGAGAUGGAAACAGAAUUGUUUGGUAAUAUUGAGAAAUAUAUGAGCCUUUCUAAGCGCAUUAUCUCAGAAGAUGCUUCCCACGCUGUAUUCAUGAAGAAGGUGAAGGAACCAAGCGUAAGCAACUCAGAAACUGUGAAUGCAGAAUCACAGGGCCCCAUCAAGAAAGUGGAUAGGAAAGGAAAAGCUCCUAUGAAAAGGGAAAAGCCUAUUGAUAAAGAUUUUCUAACUGAGCUGGCUAAGACUGGAAUUAUACUACCCAGCAAGCAAGACUCUGAUUCAGACUCUGAUCUUGAGAAUGAUAAAUUUCAUCUUUUACAGAGAGAUGAUGAGGAAGAUGUGAAUGAGAGGUGGCAGCAGUGCACUAAUGAAGAUGAGAAUUUCCUGCAGGUGGUUGGUUCACUCAUGGAAAACAGUGGCAUGACUCAAGAGGAAAUUCUUGCACUUAUUAAGCAAGAUCAGAAUGAAAAUCCCAAUGUCAAAUGCAAAAUUGAAAUAUAUGAUGGGCCCAGUACUUCAGCCAAUGCUCCAGGGAGUAUCUUCAAUCCAGAUGACAGUUCCUCCGAUGAAGAUAACUUCAUUGAGGUAUCACCUGGUGUGCCUUCACCUAAAGUAGUGAAAGGACAGGAGGAGAAGGACCUUUCGGCAAAUAACAUUGACAAAUUACUAGGGACCAAAACUAACAGUUUGUGGAUGAAAAUAGUGCAACAGAAAGUUGAUGAUAUGGUUCAUGUUAACACCCUCAAGACUUCACCCAACAAAGCAAUCAUGGAUUCCAGAAAACAUGAGACCAAAGUUGUGGAAGAGCAUAAAACUCCUAAAAAUAACUCGGAAAUUCUGAAACCGGUCAAGAUCUCCUUGGAUUUUGAAGUCAAGCCACUGAAAAUGGAGGACAACAUAUUUUCUGAUAUCUUUACUGAUCUUGUAUGUCAACCAAAGUCAGAAAAGACAGAAGCAUUGGCCACAAAAGAGAGACAAGCAUCCAGGUGGAACUUUGAAGGGCAAGUAAAUAAUAGCAUGAGGACAAACUGUAACUAUAAUUCUCACACCAAAAUGGAUCAUGUUGGUAUUGAAAUUAAUGCAGAGAAUAAGUUUGAUGUUGAAUCUUUUUCAGCUAAAACUCCAAAUGGCAAAAUAAGUGAUAAAAAUUGCACAAAAUAUCAAACAUUAUUGCAGAAUGGAAGUAUUGUAGAGGGAAUAAUUAUAGGCCAGUCCUCAUCAGAAACUCAUGAACAUCAGAGGGCCAACACUAAGCAGAAGUCUCACAAUGAAGACAACAACAUUCAUCCUUCCAAAAGCAUAGAGGUAGAAUGUGAAGAUAAAAGCAGAACAGGAGCAAAUCCUAUGAAAAAUGUACCUAAUAAAAAUGAAAGUGCUGACAUCAUUAAUUCAGAAAACUCCAAGGUUGUGGCUUGUAAAAAUCAAAAAGAUGAUUUACAGGAAACUGCAUUAUCCUCAAAUUGCAAAAAGUUUGGGAAUGUUAGUGGAGAAGAUAUCAAUGCAAAUUCAAAAAAGAGAUUAAAAGUUACCAUGUCAGGUGAUGAUGAAAAAGGAAUCAGUAAUGAGAAUAUGAAACAAAAAAUUGCUAUGAAUACUAGUGAAGGUUCAACAAGUGCUGCAAUCAAAUUAUAUCAAGGUACAGAUAUCAAGAAAGAGAGGAAAGAAGAUAGUAUAGAUAUUAAGGAACACAGGAAAGAGAAGAAUGGAAAUGGUACAAGUAUCAAGGAAGAGAGGGAAGCAAAUAAUAGAAGUAGUGAAGAAGACAGGAAAGCAAAUGAUACAGAUGUCGAAGAAGAGAGGGAAGCAGAUGAUGUAGCUGAGAUGAUGGAAGUUGAAGAGGCAGAAUUUGAUAGGCCAUUGGACUAUACAGAGGAUGAACUCAAACAACUAGAAGGAGAACUUGCCUCUGAGCAGCAGGCCCUUGUUGCCCAGGCACAGCGAUGUGACCGCCUUGCUAACUCCCUCAAUGAUCAAAUGUAUGGUGAAGCACAGCACUUGUUGCAGCUGUUUGGAAUCCCAUACCUGGUGGCACCCAUGGAAGCAGAGGCUCAGUGUGCCUUCUUGAACACUGUCAACCUCACAGAGGGAACUAUCACUGAUGACUCUGAUAUCUUUUUGUUUGGAGGAAACUCAGUGUAUAGGAAUUUCUUCAAUCAGACCAGACAUGUUGAGCAUUUCAAAAUAGAGAAUAUAAAAUCCACUUUAGGCUUGGAGCGGUGCAAGAUGAUCACCUUGGCUCUUCUCUGUGGAAGUGAUUAUACAGAAGGAAUUGAGGGUAUUGGUUCAGUAGGUGCCAUGGAAGUCUUAGCUGAAUUUCCAGGGAAGGGCAUAGAGUGUCUCCAGAAUGUCAGGAAAUGGUGGAGUGGAGCACACAAAGGGAUCUCCUCAAUACAAUAUUCCAAAAUCAGACAGAAGCUUGCACAAGUUAACUUGCCUGAGUCAUUCCCAAAUGAAAGUGUGUUUGAUGCAUACCUGGUGCCUGAAGUUGAUGAAUCAAAAGAGAAGUUUUCAUGGGCAGUGCCAAAUGUAGAGGCUCUUCGUGUCUUUACUGGUGAAAAAUUUGGAUGGAAUUUAUCCAAGACUGAUGAGAUUUUGAUUCCUGUCAUGAAGAAGCUGAAGUUAAGAACAACUCAGAAAAGAAUUGAAUCAUAUUUCACAAAGAUCAGAUUGGUGAAGGAGCCAAAGGUUGCUAGUAAGAGAAUGCAAGAUGCAAUUGCAAAGGCAAGAGGGAUCAAACUAUCUGACACUCAUUCAUCUGGACAGACAAAAGUAAAGCAAAGACAGAAAGAGAAAAGAGUGAGAAAAGGUCCUGAAAAGAAGCACACGAAUGAGGAAAGUAGAACGGAUUCUGAGGUUGUAGCAGAUUCCAAACCCUCAGGACCUUCAAGGACACUCUUAGUAGAUCCGUCAGAAAUUAAAAGUAAGUCAGUAACUGAGGGCAGAAAAGGACAAAAGAGGAAGAAAGAUUUGGGAGAGGACAGUAAUGAGUCUUCUGUUCGAGGAAAUGAGAAAGAUGAUAUUCCACCAAGGAAAGUCACCAAAGAGGACAUGUUUAAAAGUCUACUAGAAAAGGAAACAAUCAGUCAAAGAGAGAAGGACAAACUUGAGAUGCAGGAAAAGAAGAUGAAGGCAGCUACCAUAUUACUCCAACAAAAUAAAGAAAAGAAAAAUAAGAAAAGAUGAUACUGAAAAAUUAAUGCACAUGUUAUAAGUUAAUAUAAUAAUUUAUUUGUAAUUCUAGAAUCCAUUGACAUGUACAAACCACUAUUUAAUGACUUUUCAAAAAUACAUAUUUAACAUUC